UUGUAGUUAUAAGCCAAAUGAAUGAUAAAAUGUACUCGACCUCACAACGUAACUCGACGUGACCCUGCACCAUAUAUCUAUCUGCACUGCACUUGCUCUGCAGCCAUAAUGCUUUGUUACAGUUAUUGUUCUGUCGUAUAUCAGCUCAAUGUACUGUCGUAAUGUAUUGAUCCGUGUGGGUGGUCCGUCAGGCAAGCUAUUCACUGUAACUCAGUAAGUGAUAAGAAUAAACAAAUUCCCCAUUUUAAUUGUGUGGAAACUUAAGAAAGACUGAGCUUCUGCUCUGGAACCUCAUAAGGAAACUUAACUGAACUGUUGUAAUUACUGAGGAAUGCAAAUAAAUGGAAAAGGCUUCAAUCUCGCAUUACGAUCUGCGGUAACUGGGAUCAGGUGACAGGUGGGGGGGGGGGGGUCUCCCAUAUCAAUAUCAGAAUCAGGUUUAAUAGCACCGGCAUAUGUCAUGAAAUCUGUUGUCUCUGCGGCAACAGGAGAACCUAAUUCAUAACAAUAGAUUUUAACAAUUGUGAAUUACAAUAAUAUACACACUAAAUCGUUAAAUUAUAUAAGUAGAGCAACAUAAAAAUUAAAACUGUACUAACCUCUUUUAAUUGUGUGGAAAUUCUGGAGCAAAGCUUAACUGAACUGUACACAUUGAUGAGAAGCUCAGAAAAGUAGAAAAGGCUUUAUUCUCAUAUGAAUGGGUCGUAUACCCAGAAAUAUUGGCUGCUCUUUGGCAGGGAGAAACAGUGGAAUAGACCAUAAGACCAUAACAUAUUGGAGCAGAAGUUGGCCAUUCGGCCCACCGAGUCUGCUCCGUCAUUCAAUCAUGGGCUGAUCCAAUUCUUCCAGUCAUCUCCACUCCCCUGACUUCACCCCAAACCCUUUGAUGCGCUGGCUAAACAAGAAGCUAUCUAUCUCUGCCUUAAAUACACCCAAUGACUUGGCUCCACAGCCACUCAUGGCAACAGAUUCCACAGAUUUACCACCCACUGACUUAAGUAAUCUAUCUGCAUCUCUACUCUAAAUGGACGUCCUUCAGAUCUGAAGACAUGCCCUCUUGUCCUAGUAUCCCCUGCCAUUGGAAAUUUACUUUGCCAUAUCUAAUCUGUAAAGGCCUUUUAACAUUCAGAAUGUUUCUAUGAGAUCCCUAUUAUUCUCCUGAACUCCAGGGGACACAGCCCAAGAGCUGUCAGACCUUCCUCAUACAGUAAACGUUUAAUUGUUGGAAUAAUUCUAGUGAAUCUUCUCUAAACCCUCUACAAUGCCAGUAUAUCACUUCUAGAAUAAGGAUCCCAAAACUGCACACAAUAGUCUGUGUGAUCUCACGAGUGCCUUACAGAGCCGCACCAUCGCAUCCCUGCUCUUAAUACAACCCAUACCUUCCAAUCAUAUGUCAUCUCCUUCCAAUGAUUUAAUGUUGUACACAGGGCCACACCACUUCCUGUGCCUACUCACCUAUCUUUCAGAUACACCGUACAUUGUUGGACUUUCAGCUCCCAAUGGCCGCCACUCUUUAGCUAAGUCUCACAGAUAGCUACAGUGUCAUAUUUGCCAAUUUGUACCUGGAUUUCAAGAUUGUCCAUUUUAUUCCUGAUGCUGCAUGCAUUCAAAUAUAACACUCAGUCCUGCAUUUGCUGCUUUCUGUUUUAAUUGCACGAUGACUCUAAUGCCCUGUAACUCAUGCCAUUGGUUUUGAUUAAGCUUCAUCUCCUGCCUGUUCUUUCUAUAAUCUCUGGUGCACGCCAUCGUUGAUUUAUUUCUGUUUUCCCCUUCCUCUGCCCAAUCACUCCGGUUCCCAUCCCUCUGCCAAAUUCGUUUGAACCCACACUAACAGCUUUAUUCAAUAUUGCUGCUAGGAUAUUGUACCCUCUUUGUAUUCAGGUGUAACCCGUCCUUUUCGUACUGGUCGUACCUGCCCCGGAAGCAGCCCAAGUUAUCCAGGAAUCUGAAGCCCUGCCCCCUACACAAGUCUCUCAGCCACACAUUAAUACCCCUGAUCAUACUAUUCUUUCAGCGCUAACACUUGGCGCAGGCAGCAAUCCUGAGAUUACUACCCCAGAGGCCCACAAGGGUCUGAGUUGGCAACGUUUCUGUUUACGUUCUAUGUCAAUGCAUCGGAUGAAAAUAUUGAUGGCCCUGUGGCCAAUUUUACGAAUGCAGUGGAAUAUUGAAAGGACUGGAUAGAGAAGUUGUGGAGGGCUAUAGUAUCUGGUUAUCACAAUAACAUAAAUACAAUAUAAAUGUACAAGCGGUAGUCUUGCUCCGUGGCUGGAGAUUUUAACUUGGAGAAUGGCGCUUUAUUCACAAAAUCCUCAUAGUCCACAGUGACUGUACACAGAUCCCAGCAAUGGAACCCGCCACUGCAGCCCCACAGUGCACUAUGUAUUGAUUGCAAAGCUACGAAAUUUCAUGUGAAUAGCAUCCCCUACCCCAACUCCACUCUUUCUGUGUCACCAGGAGACUGGGACAUCUCACAUCUCGCUGCCUCCGCCAGGCCAUUAAACUGUGAACAACUGUGGUCAGGGACUGAUCUCUGGAAUUCUCCAAACGCUGCCCCCUUCCAGUCUAAAAAUGACCCACUCAUCCAGCCGCACGCUACCUGCAGUUUGUCGAUCUCCAACGAAAAAGCCUAAUCACCUACUCCUGAGGUUCAAUACCAUUGCUGACUCUGAUUUUACCACCGACAGAUACCAGGAGGGACAUAAUAAUGUCAAAGUCUCUAGUCACAGCCGUGUAAAUAAAAUGUGAUCUCACUAUGUGUGUGGGGCAUGCUCAGAAUGCGAAGGAUAUAGACAAACUGAGCCAGGUCUCAGACUGACAAAGGGGAGCAAUGAUCCAUUUUGAUACAGAGGGAAGCAGAGAAUUUAAUAUUGUGCCGGAUGCCGGAACUGUGGCCAGUUAGAAGCUAAAGUCUUGUUCCUCCAAACUGUUUUGAGCUGUGACAGUGUUUUUUUAUCAGAAGGCACCAUGGGGCCUAAAAUUACCUGAGUUGAAAUGUUGCCCUUCACCCACUGAUGUGCUUUUGUAAACUUCUAGCAGUGUAGAAAAGUCAAAGGAUUUAUGAUUGGGAAUCACAAACACAACAGGAAUUAAUUCUUACUCUCAAUAAUUUCUCCUUUGGCUCCUCCCACUUCCUCCAAACCAAAGGCGUAGCCAUGGGCACCGGCAUAGGUCCCAGUUAUGCCUACCUUUUUGUUGGCUUUGUGGAACAGUUCAUUUUCCAAGCCUAUAUGGACAUCCAUCACCCUCUUUUCCUUCGCUACGUAGACGAGUGCAUUGGCGCUGCCUCCUGCACGCAUGCUGAGCUCGCUGACUUCAUUAACUUUGCCUCCAAUUUUCACUCUGCCCUCAAAUUUACCUGGACCAUUUCUGACACCUCCCUCCCCUUUCUUGAUCUUUUUGUCUCCAUCUCUGGAGACGGCUUAUCUACUAAUAUCUACUAUAAGCCUACAGACUCUCACAGCUACCUGGACUGUAGCUUCCCAUCUUCCCACCCUGUCUCUUACAAAAAUGCUAUCUCCUUCUCACAAUUCCUCCCUCUCCGCCGCAUCUGCUCUCAGGAUGAAGCUUUUCGUUCCAGGACGAAAGAGAUGUCUUCCUCUUUAGAACAAAGGGGUUUCUCUUCCUCCACCAUCAACUAUCAAGCUUGGGAAACAAUGUUUAAAGUCUUAAGAUGGUAAAGUAGAAAAGUUCAGUAAUCCACGGAAUAAGUGAGUGAGACGAGAGAUUUGUAAAUCCACACGAACAUGUAGAGAGAAGGCAAUUACGAAGAACUCCACACACAUUCCACGCUGGAUAAAUGAAAUAACUGUCGCCGAAGAUCUUAUCCGUCGAUUAGUUCCGAAAUCCCCUUCGAAAUAUCACCAGGUGACAGUGACAGGAAUGUCGUCUUCAAGUGGUUACCACAGAACACCCCGAUUCCAGGUAAGUGCCAACAGAAGUGAUACCACGGGAUACUCCAACAAAUCCACACGUAUGAAUUAUACAAAGUGACAGUCACACAUCCGUUGUACACUGCGUGCCGAUGAUCAACCCGACCUUCUGGGCAUGGAAGAGCUCCAACCCAUAGCAGUGACAAGCUGAAGUUCCAACAGUCUCUGUCUCAGUCUCUCUUUCUCUCUCUCUCUCUCUCUCUCUCUCUCUCAUGCUCUCUCUCUCUUGCAGGCUGCCGCAGCUUGUCUCUGACGUCUAGUCCCGCCUCUCACAGUGAAAGAACCUCAAACAACACACACAAAAUGCUGGUGGAACACAGCAGGCCAGGCAGCAACUAUAGGGAGAAGCACUGUCGACGUUUUGGGCCGAGACCCUUCGUCAGGACUCUGAUCAGCCUCUGUCUUCAAACGAGCCUGCGGUCUUGUAACACAAUGCACCUCUAAAGUCUGACAGAACACCAGAAAAAAACUGAGGUAUGGACAGUGAACCAGUAUAUGCAGAAACUUUUAACUGCAGCGUGAUUAACCGUGAAGCACCGAUCAAAUGCGCAGGCGUCAGGGCUGCAGAGGUCUCCGGAUAUUACGCAUGCGCGCAGUACGCAAAACGCCUCGGAAAAUGUCGGAAGCAGGUUAAAAAUGAAAAGGAAUUUGUCUGCAGGAAACUUGAACACAACACACCAGUUUUGCUGUCUCUGUCCAGAUAUUUAAGAAGUGGAGCAAGGGAUUCACUCAAUCAUCCUUCCUGCUCAGACUAUGUGGAGUGAUAUACUCCAUCAUCUGACCGACUGACAUACCAGUCAUUUUACACAGGGGGAUCCUGUUCAUCUGCUCAGAUGGUGUGGAUGGUGUUCACACUGGGCAAAGCCAUUCAGCUGUUCUCUGUGUGAGAAGGGAUUCAGUCACUCAUCCCACCUGUGGACACACCAGUCAGUUCAAACUGCGCAGAGGCUGGUCAUCUGCUGAAUUUGUAGGGAAGGAUUCACUCACUCAUCUGACUAAUGGCUCAUCAGCGAGUUCACACAGGGGAGCGGCCGUACACCUGCACAGAAUGUGGGAAGGGAUUCAUUCGGUUAUCUAAACUGAAGGUACAUCAGCGAGUUCACACUGGGGAGAGGCCAUUCACCUGCUCGGACUGUGGGAAGGGAUUCAAUGAAUCAUCUCAACUGAAGGUGCAUCAGAGAGUUCACACUGGCGAGCGGCCAUUCACCUGCUCAGUCUGUGGGAAGGGAUUCACUUGCUCAUCUAAACUGAUGGUACAUCAGCGAGUUCACACUGGGGAGAGGCCAUUCACCUGCUUGGACUGUGGGAAGACAUUCACUUCCUCAACCCAACUGAAGGUACACCAGCGAGUUCACACUGGUGAGUGGCCUUUCACCUGCUCGGACUGUGGGAAGGGAUUCACUCAGUCAUCUAAACUGAAGGUACAUCAGCGAGUUCACACUGGGGAGAGGCCGUUCACCUGCUUGGACUGUGGGAAGGGAUUCACUUGCUCAUCCCAACUGAAGGUACAUCAGAGAGGUCACACAGGUGAGAGGCCGUUCACCUGCUCUGUCUGUGGGAAAGGAUUCACUCGGUCAUCCGAACUACUGGUACACCAGCGAGUUCACACUGGGGAGAGGCCGUUCACCUGCUCAGAUUGUGGAAAGGGAUUCACUCGGUCAUCCGAACUACUGGUACAUCAGCGAGUUCACAGCAGGGAGUGGCCUUUCACCUGUUUGGACUGUGGGAAAGAAUUCACUUGCUCAUCCCAACUGAAGGUACAUCGACGAGUUCACACCGGGGAGAGACCAUUCACCUGCUUGGACUGUGGGAAAGGAUUCACUUGCUCAUCCCAACUGAAGGUACAUCAGAGAGUUCACACUGGGGAGCAGCUGUUCAAUUGCUCGGACUGUGGGAAAGGAUUCACUUGCUCAUUUAAACUGAAGGUACAUCAGAGAGUUCACACUGGAGAGAGGCCAUUCACCUGCUCAGACUGUGGGAAGGGAUUCACUUGCUCAUCCCAACUGAAGGUACAUCAGAGAGUUCACACUGGGGAGAGGCCAUUCACCUGCUCAGACUGUGGGAAGGGAUUCACUUUGUCAUCGCAGCUACUGAGGCACCAGUCAGUUCACACUGGGGAGAGGCCUUUUACCUGCUCAGUCUGUGGGAAGCGAUUCACUCAGUCAUACACACUAAAGGCACACCAGUCAGUUCACACUGGGGAGAGACCGUUCACCUGCUUGGACUGUGGGAAGGGAUUCACUUGUUCAUCUAAACUGAAGUUGCAUCAGCGAGUUCACACUGGAGAGAGGCCAUUCACCUGCUCAGAUUGUGGGAAGGGAUUCACUUGUUCAUCUAAGCUGAAGGUACAUCAGCGAGUUCACACUGGGGAGAGGCCGUUCAUAUGCUGAGACUGUGGGAAAAGAUUCAUUCGGUCAUCUUAACUACGGAGACACCAGCAAUUUCACACUGGGUAGAGGCUGAUCACCAGCUCAGACUUUCGGAAGAGAUUCUUUCAGUCAUAUCAACCAAAUGUGGAUCAUUGAGUUCACACUGGUGAGAGGCCAUUCACCUGCUGUGAAUGUGGGAAGCAAUUUACUCAGUCAUUAAACUCAUGGAACUCUUGCUUUGGCUAGCAGAUUUAUAUAGGGGGUGAUAGACCCCUGGCCCAGCCAAAUAUUUGGAAUCUCGUUUGGGUGGUUGCUAUGUGAUGACUCCUGUUACAAAUCAGUCCCCUGAAAUAACAAAUGGUACACAACAUACGAUUAAACAAUUGAGCUUUAUAAUUCUUACUUUGACUAUAUAGUUAGUGAAAUAAACCAAAAGAAAAGAAAAAGGGCUCACUCUCACCAUUCGAGUUUUCUCAUCUCUCCCCAUCAAAAGACCACGAAAAUCUCUCUUUCAGACUCACAAGAAAGAACAUUGCUGUCAUUGGAUAGUCUUGCACUCCAAACCCUUUUAUCGCUUGUUGUAACCUAAACAAUGCUGCUACAUAUAAACCUUUACCUCAGCAGUGAAAAAUUACAUAGAGGCCAUUACAUUAGCAGUGAAACCUUGCAGUAUGUUACUCUUGUGACACACUACCGGGUUCACACUCGGGAGAAAGUUUCAAUAAGCUACAUGCUGGAGAUUUGUCCAUCACCGUUGCUGAAUACAAUUUCAAGAGUGACUGUUGGUGCUGAACUCUGCAAUUAUUGCUGCUGCUCACCACACCCAGUUCUGCACCCUGGUCAUUGGGCAUGGGAGGAGUUUCUUCUGCUGCACAUUCACUUUUAAUGGGACUGGAGUUUAAUGUUCUGGAUCUGAGACAAAUAAAUCAGUUAAACUCUGUCUCCAGUACUUAGUGAAUUUAUAACACACCUAGUGUGAAUCAACUCAGGCCGGCAGGACACUGCCAGGGAUUCUGUUCUUUUAACAGGAUGACAGUCCUUUUAAAUCCUCCCCUGUUGUACCCCUCUCGCUCUCUCUGUUGUGAUGGGUUCCAAACAGUCACCACUCUGUGGGUGAAGAGGUUUCCCUUGAAUUUUCUGCAGACUGAAGAAGUCGAGCUGACUGCAGUUCUGUCUGAGAUGUCCCUCAACCCUCUAACUUCUGGGCUGAGGAAGAAUGCCAUUCGUAGUUAAUCUCCUUAUUCAGGGCUCAUUUCCACAUUAUGUGUAAUUUUCCCUUCUUCUUAAGGUAACACCACUGUCCUCUAAAGACUGAAAGCAGAAUGGGAAACGAAGCAGGGUCAGAAGCCAGAGGCAGGUCUGCACAGGGCAGAGUUUGGGGCUCUGGACGAUGGUUGGUGUAAGAAUGUAUGAUAGGAGAAGGGAAUCAGCAGGGUGUGGCAACGAAUGACACAGUAGCAACAUUUGGAAGCAGAUUGACAGAGAAAAUCUUUUGGUUGUCUGAUAAUACAAACAAUAGCUGUGGUGAGGUGCUUCACUGGUCAAGGAACAUUUGUGUGUUGGGAAUGGUUUUAUCUAUUGAGCGAGUUGUUCCUGCUUAUUUAUCCUGUAAUAUUAUAUCCGGAUAAUUAUUAUGGAUUGUCCUAUCUGACAUAAUGUAUUGAUUAUCAUAUAAUUUCUUAGAUUUUAACUCUAAAACUGGAUCAGGCUUGAAUUUAUGCCUUGAUGAAGUGAUGGA